CCUCACCUUCCAUAAUUUCCUCCCCAUACUCUGCACUAACCUCUCGGAAUCUUCAAAGCGCGUCCGCCAUUUGUGUUCAUUCUGAGUUAGAAUCCAGUAAAGAAAGAGCAGUUUCCAGAGGAAGAAGAAAGAAAGGUCAGGUUCAAGCCAAGAGCUUUCCACUUAAUUCGCUUGUGAUGGGGAAUUGCAUGGAGAGAUCUGGUGAGAUUCAGUGGCAAGAAGGAGGAGGAGAAGAAGAGGUGAAGCAGCAGAAGGAGGGAGAGGAAGAAGAUAGUGAAGGGAAGAAGCGAGUGAGGGUUAAGAUUGUGCUGACGAAGGAGGAGCUACAAUGGCUUAUACUUCAACUAAACCAGAAGCAAGGCAUGGGAUUAGACCAAGUACUUGAAGAGAUACAGAGAAGCAGAGAGAAAGUUGAAGCAUGGAAGCCUUCUCUUGAGAGUAUCAUGGAAAUCCCUGAAGUGCCUGAGAUGGACAGAUGAUUCUCUCUCUCUCUCAUUUUUUGUUUUCCUUCCCUUUUUAAUCCUAGGUUUUUGUAAUAACUGUUGUAAGUGAUGAUAACUGCAUUUGUAAAUCUUACUUGAAAUGACCAGUCAGAAGAUGAUGAGCUUGUGCUUCGACUACUACAAUCUUGUUCCCUUCCUUUACUUCCCCUGUUGUUUCUUUCUUUAA